AUGCCUCCACCUCCACCCGUCACGCCCUCGGCGCAUCGUUUCGUCGCUCCACCGCAAGCCACCUCUCGAUUGUCCGUCGCAUCGCCGCACCCGCGAGCUGAUGCUCCCGCCCAGCAGGAUGCUGUGACGCCCUCGCAACAGUUUAAACCCACUCCUCGAUUCUCAAUCGCUCCUGCUCGUCCGAGUUUUCCUCCGACCCCACGACCCACGCACCCAAGUGGACUCUCGCAUGCAACGCGCACAGAGGACAUUGCCGAUGGCGUAGAGACCCCCAGUGCUUCCCGACGUCCGCGCCAUAGGCUCACCAAGGUGGAGAGCAUCCAUGAUGAUUCCCAGGAUGCCCUUGAAGAACAAGAUGAGGAAAUGCUAUACGACGUCAUCACCGAAGACGAUGCAUUUUUGGUUGAGGACCCUGACGAGUACCCAACUCGCGCCCAGGAGGAGCAGAGCGCACAAUUCUCAGACGUCCCGCUUGGGGAUUCUGGAAGCACGGAAGACCAGCCGUUAAAACGCCGUCGUCUCACGCCGGGUUCAGGCUUGACACCAGAACCCAGCACGUCUACAAGGACGAUGGAUCCAGUGAAGAUGGGCGCAGGCGCCCCGGUCCUUAGAAGCCCGCCUCAGAGCAGCAAAGUCCCUCGUUUUCGUGUUCCCGGCAAUAAUGCUGCAGUCCCAACUACCGUCCCCACAGAGUUCGCUCCAAGCCAACCUGUAGGCUCUCGGCACCGCAAUCCAUUUCUGCUGCAUCCGACCACGCCAGGGGCCCCAGGAGUGGCUUUCGAUGCCGCCAUUACCCCGUUGCCAGAACACUUUUCACCACAUCGUAGAUCUCAGAAAUUUCUGCCAGGCGGCAUGGCUGACGUGGUGCGUACUUGGGUUUUGAAUGUCGGACAAUCAGGCUCCUUGGCCGAAACAGCAAGCAGCCAGUCAAGACGGCGGCCUAAUCAGCCCUCUAAGCUUCACGUCGCUGAGUGUGUUGGAGAGGGACCGGGCGAUCGCCUGAAGCUUGUUUCCGACCAGACGGACACUCAUUCUCUGGCUCAGGGCGAAGAGAGCUCUGGCACGCGCGCGAUUCUUGUUGGUCCGGCAAAACGUAACUCGCGGAGCCCAAACAUUGGUGAUGAUGUAACCGUGCUUCCUCCCAGCUGGGAGAUCGAGGUUGGCCAGCAUGGAGAGAAAUGGCUAGUCGCUGUGGACUGGCGUGUAACUUGA